ACCACCAACGCACCUACCAGCUCAACCACCUCUGACCUCUUUCGGCAUCAUCUCUCUCUCCUCAGCUUGCAUUGUCAACGACGACAAAGCGAGCGCAGACUCGCACACCACUCUCUAGCUAGCUCUCAGCCUGCGCCCUGUGGUCGGCGGCAGCAUGAAUUUCUCGUCGUAUUUCUUCUCCUCGUCAUCCUCGGACAAGAAGUCGUCGUCCAAGCGCCAGCAGCAGCAGGCGGCGCAGCCCCAGACGGACGCCAACACGACGCGGUACCUGGGUGUGCGGCGCCGGCCGUGGGGCCGGUACGCGGCGGAGAUCCGGGACCCGGCCACUAAGGAGCGGCACUGGCUGGGAACCUUCGACACGGCCGAGGAGGCCGCCGUGGCCUACGACCGCGCCGCGCGCUCCCUCCGCGGCGCCCGCGCGCGCACCAACUUCGCCUACCCGGACCUCCCGCCUGGCUCCUCCGUCACGCCCUACCUCUCCCCGGACCUCACCUCGGGCGACAACGCCACGCAGCUCCUCCAGCCAUUCUACGCCGCCGACGCAGCCGCCGCGUCUCUACCACCGGCGCUCCCGGCCGCGAACGGCGCGGCGGGCUACGGCGCCGCCGCCGGCGACUACGCCUCCUACGGCUAUAGUGCCGAGGACAUGUCCGCUCUCAUGGACGACCUCACCAUACCCGACGACCUGACCGCUGACUACGGCGCAGAAGACGCCGGCGGCUCCGUGGACAUGUCCUCCAUGUACGGCGGCGGCGGCAGCAGCGCCAAUGCCAGCUCCGCCAGCAGCGGCGGGGGCGGGUGGUGCGACGCGUCGGAGUUCAGCGCGUACGGCGCGUCGGCCGCCUCCCACGGGGUCUACUUCGAGGAAGGGUACGUGCACAGCCCGCUCUUCUCGCCGAUGCCGGCCGUCGACGACGCCUGCGCCGACGGCUUCCAGCUCGGCGGCUCCUCGUCUUCAUACUACUACUGAGUACUGAUCCUGAUCGUCCGUCCCGCUCGGUGCUGCCUUCCCGGAUCGAUCGUCGACCGCCUCUGCGCCCGCCGGUGGUGGACUGUGGCGUGGUGAGUUGCUGGGUGCGGCUAGCAGUUUAAUUAAUUACAGUCGUGUGAUAAUACUAUAUAUUAAUAAUAUACUCCUAUGUACUGUCACUGUAUUUUGUUACUUUUUGGGCCUCCAUCUCCAUUCUCUGGGUGAUCGAUGGGCCUUUCGUAUUGGGCUGUGUAACAUGUUCUUUUUUUAUGCUCCUUUCUCAUUUGUUUUUUUUUGGCGAUUGUAUCAGUCGGCAUGCACUCGUGUGUUGCUGGCGCUUCAGUUCAGUGUAAUAUCUUUUAUUACCUGCUAUUAUAUGUACAUUUGUUUUCUAGU